AUACAUUUAUAUGUACUCCAAGUCUAAUAAUUAUCUCUGAAAUGAAAAUAUGCAUUUAUAACGAAGUCCAUACACACGGCAUCCUCUCUUCUCGCAUUUCUCGAACUCUCGAUCUUUUUUUUUAUAUUUACUGUUUUUAUUUCAAUCUUCGAUUUCACCUUUAAAAACAAUGAAAGCUAAAAAGGAGAUGAAGAAAGAGAGCAACUUAGCAAGGUUGGUGAAAUCUCCGGUUCGUUUCUUGAUCAUGGCACGUGACGCUUACAUACGUAGCAUGACGUCAUGUUCCGCCGGAUUCAUCCGCGGUGGUGGUGGCUCCGGUGUUUUUGGGUUACCGGCUGGUAGUUUUCAAAUCUGCGAAGCUCAAAGCACUGCUCUCCCUCGUAGCUUCACCUUAAACUCUGCCACGACAACACGUGAACGUUGUAGAUUUGUCUCAAACGGCGGAGAAAUCUCGGUGGAGACUACGAUGGCGAUGAGACGACGGAUGGAUCUCCGGAGAAAUUAUAGCUGUGCGGCGAUGGGAAGGAUCGAUGAAGACAAGGUUUGUGAUGAGUUUUGAAGCUGAGGAAUCUUUAUUUGAUUAUAGCAAAGAUAGAAAAAUCGGUGGAGUUUUUACUACUCGUCAACAAUAAAAGAAAAAACGAAGACCAUACAUAUUUAAACAUCUCUUCUUGUUUUUUUCUUUCUCUCCCAUUUCUGAUCAGAUUCAAAAUGCCAAACAGCUAAAGGAAUGGAUUCUGUGUGCAUUGUGCUUAUCAGAUUUCUUGUUUUUGUAUAUAUAUAAAGUUCAAUAUCAAAAUUCACAUA